AUGGAACCCAACGAAAGGCACCACCACCAAGAGCAGCAGCAUCAUCCUCUCACUUCUCCUUACUACCAUCCUUUCCAUCACCUCCCCCACCACAAUCCCGCCACCGUCUCCGCCGCACCCUCUUCCACUUCCGCCGGAAACUCGAUUCCUUCCUCCAACAAUGGGAAUUUGCCACAGCCACCGAACGAUGGGUCCCCCUCUCUAUCGGUUUACCCUCACUCGGUGCCGUCUUCGGCUGUGACGGUUCCGAUUGAUCCGGUCAAGAGAAAGAGAGGGCGUCCGAGGAAGUACGAGACGCCGGCGCAAGCCUUGGCGGCUAAGAAAUUGGCGUCUUCUGCUAGCAAUUCCUCUGCUCGAGAGAGGAGAGAGCAAGCCGCCGCUGCUGCUGCCGCCGGCGUUUCGCCUCUGCCUAAAUCCGGGUCCAGAAAAUCCAUUUUGGGCUCCGUCGGGAAAACUGGGCAAAGUUUUACUCCACACGUUGUUAAUAUAACUCCUGGUGAGGAUGUGGCUCAGAAAAUUAUCCUUUUCGCUGAGCAAAGCAAGCAUGAGUUAUGCAUUCUUUCUGCAUCUGGCACAAUCUCCAACGCAUCCUUGUCUCACCUCGCAUCAGGAACCAGUGUAUCUUAUGAGGGUCAGUACGAAAUCCUCUCACUUAGUGGAUCUUAUAUUCGGGGCGAGCAUGGUGGUAAAACUGGCGGCCUUAGCGUUUGUUUAUCUAGUUCAGAUGGUCAGAUUUUCGGCGGAGGAGUUGGGGGUCUCCUAAAGGCUGCUGGUCCAGUUCAGGUGAUUCUUGGUACAUUUCAGCUAGAGAGAAAGAAGGAUGGAAGAAAUGGUGUGAAAGGAGGGGAUGAUGCUUCAGGAAGUGGAAACAUGUUGCCUUCUCCACCUGGCACAGAAUCUUUGAUUGGCUUCCAUUCUGGAAUGGAAUCUUCCGGAAGAAACCCAAACGAUGAGCAUCAUAGUAUGAGUAGCAAUGCAUUAGGUGGUGGAGGUCAUUUCAUGAUGCAACCACCUCAAGGCAUGCACAUGACACACGCCCGGCCUUCUGAAUGGGGAGGGACUGGGUAUGAUUUGUCAGGAAUGAGAGGAAAUGGGUCAUCAGAAAAUGGAGAUUACGAGUAA